AAUUUACAAUGCUAUAAACACGCGCGAAUGCCCUCACUAUCACCACACGCGCCACUUCUCUUUGUCUCAACAACUGAAACGUCAUGAGUCCCACAUCGACCACGUCUAGCACCACCGGUUCAUGGCUUGUGCAAGGCCUACUCUCCGGGGCAGCCAUAGUGGCGGCGGCUGGAGCUUACGCGGUGAUAUCCACGCGCCGAACCGCAAAGUAUCGGAGCCGGGUUGUUGGUAUCAUACCAGCUCGUUUUGCUUCUUCACGAUUUCAAGGGAAACCUCUGAUUCCAAUCCUCGGAAAGCCCAUGAUUCAGAGAACAUGGGAAAGAGCAAAACUUGCAACCACAUUAGACAAACUUGUUGUGGCCACCGAUGAUGAGAGGAUAGCAGAAAUCUGUCUGGGAUUUGGAGCUGAUGUGAUAAUGACGUCAGAAUCUUGCCAAAAUGGAACUGAACGCUGCAACGAGGCAAUUCAAAAGCUUCGAAAGAAAUUUGACAUUGUUGUUAACAUUCAAGGAGAUGAGCCCCUUAUAGAGCCUGAGAUAAUAGAUGGGGUUGUCAAAGCUCUGCAGGCAGCUCCAGAUGCUGUAUUCAGCACUGCAGUUACAUCUUUGAAACCCGAAGACGCAUCUGAUCCAAAUCGAGUGAAAUGUGUGGUGGACACUCAUGGAUAUGCAAUCUAUUUUUCAAGGGGUCUGAUCCCGUGUAACAAGUCAGGGAAGGCCAAUCCACACUUUCCAUAUUUGCUUCAUCUUGGUAUCCAGAGCUAUGAUACACAGUUUUUAAAGAUAUAUCCAGAUCUUCCACCUACUACAUUGCAGCUAGAAGAAGAUUUAGAGCAGCUUAAAGUCCUUGAGAAUGGCUAUAAGAUGAAGGUGAUCAAGGUUGACCAUGAUGCCCAUGGUGUCGACAUUCCAGAAGAUGUCAAGAAGAUAGAAUUGUUGAUGCGGGAAAGAAAUUUGUCUUAGUUCUCAACAGAAUAGAAGAAAAAGAGAGAACCCUUUUCUUACUUCAUUUAUAAUGGGAACUAGCAUGAUCUAGAAGUUCUUGCAGUAAAUUUAAAGUUUGGACUUCUGUUUCCUCUUGCCAUCAUUUUGUUUCCUUGUUUUGAGUCAAGCCUAUUUGUGCUAGUUUUCUGCUGUAAAUUAUAUUAAGCCAAGUACUAGAUGUAAUUUUCAAGUUACAUGUAUAAUCUAGCUAUCCAACCAAUUUGGACCAGUAGCCCCUUAUCCAGUCUUUUCACCGGCUUACUGUCCAUCUGGGUUUAACAACAAUGUGUGUGGUGUGGGCAUUACUUGCAAAUUUGAUUAAUGAGAUCUUGUUUCUUUAAUGACAAA